CAAUAAGGAUGUUUAUCCAUAUGCUCAUUGUUUACCUUCCUGGUAUCCAGCGCAUAUAAAUGCCUCUUAUUCCUGACCCACAUCAGCUGCACUCAUAUUUUCUGGAAAGCGACUCGACAUCGCUCUUUGAUUUUGUCGAAGAUGAACAUACAGUUUGUGAUACUGGUUUUUGGGCUGAAUCUUUCUGCCGUAGCCGCGUUCAGCCACGGCGUGGUGACUCUGGCGUGCACGACUAGGACUCCUAAUCAUGGAGGCAAUAUUGCCUCUGUCUUACAGCCUCCAUACAGCGUCACCACAGACGUCUCGAACUACACAGAGGGUCAGGUGAUCACAGUGACGCUGCAAGCAAACCAGACUGAGUUCAGGGGCUUCCUUCUUCAGGCCAGGAACGAGAUGGGUCCAGUAGGAACCUUCACAGUCGCGGGAAGUAAUGCUCAGUUGCUCAGCUGCGAAGGGCAGCAGGACUCAUCUGUCAGUCACAAUUCAAACGUUAACAAAUCAACUAUAGUGGUUCAGUGGAAAGCUCCUUACACCAACAACAGAGAUAUUCACUUCAGGGCAACAGUUGUGCAGACGUUCUCCGUCUUCUGGGUUGGCAUUGAAAGUGAUCCUAUUCGAUUCGUGGGCAACUCCAGUCCAUCCGUGUCUCUCACAGCCCAUCUUCUUCUUUUACCUCUGCUGGCAAUUCAUUUUAUAAGAACUACAUGAACAUUUUCAAAACCCGUCUGUUCAAUGUGCAAUCACUAGCUUUCACAUUCAGUCGUGUUAUGUAUUUGUUAAAGUGCAAUGGGACUAAAAACAUAAUAUUAAAAAUAAUAUUUUAAGAAUAUAUUGAUUUUACAUUACAAUAUAUAUAAAUGUUUCCUUUGACAUAGAGCAACGUACUGGCCUCACUGUGCCCUACUUUUCUGUUUAUAUUUACUGUAUAUAAUGAAGCUUGUAUGAAAUAAAUGGAUUUGUAUCAAAUGUUAAGAAUAUUUUAUGUAUACGUGCAUAUACAAAAAAAACCCAAACGCAACCAACAUCUCAAAACGACCUUAGUUUUAUUUCUUCUUCUAAAGCAAAAAACGAACACCAACAAAAAACGAAAUAAAACAAAAACUUUGUACAUAUA